GCGUCGAUGUAAUAGUUGGUUUGAUAUUUUAUUGUAGCCGAGAAAGAGAGUCACUAAUUCCUUCAUCCGACGUGUGGACAAUCGAACUGACAAUGAAAUAUAUCAAGAUGCUCAUCAUGAUGUUUAUAGUACAAAUUGCAAUGAUUCAAUUCGUCCAGUCAGGUGGUGAUAUGAAAAAAACAGAUAACGGAAAUGGAAAAGUAGAUGUAGUAUUGGGGCCUAACGGUAUCAGUGUGAAAAAAGAUGGAGAUUCUAUUGUUACCAAAAUUGAGAAACCUCUCGGCAACGACAAACUUACUGGUAUCAAUGUGAAAAAAGAUGGAGAAUCUGUUGUUACCAAAAUUGAGAAACCUGAUGGCAACGACCAACUAUCUGGUUAAAAUGUGCAUUCUGACACAUGAAAAGCAAUUUCAGGACAUCAACAUGCGGUGAUAUAGUGAUGAUUUCUCUUCCAUUUUGUUUACAACUUUGUUUUUAAUAAUUAGUUAAUAAAGAUAUUUGCAACAGAA